UGAAUUUUAACUUAUCAGCAACUAGUAACUGGAAUAAACUGUUGAAUCCUUGUUGCUGAUUGGCUAUAUCUACAUUCCACAGAGGUCCAGGACACUGGAGAGUGCACACCUAGAGAGUGAGCACCAGGAGAAUGAGCACCGGAAAGUGCGUGGGAGGCGAGCUGAGCUGGCUGACGGGAAAUCUGAGAGACAGCUGUCAGGGCCUGUCCCACCCAUCUGCACCUGGCUCUCAUUAGGGCUAAUGUGGGUGGCUUUAUAGAAAGGAAGGGAAACCGUCAGAAACCAGAAUUUCAGAGGCAUUUUGAAUUCAAUAAGACACUGCGAUGAGAUCCCUGGGUCCACUGCCGUGCCAUAGUGCAUGGCCUCGUGUUGCAAGAAUCUGUAUAAUGGGACCCACUGCCAACGCUUGGGUCUCUCUCCGGUCAAUUGAGCGUGCUUCUUCCGUGAAUUCAGGACCCGGGCAGUAGCGCCGGUAGACAGCUGGAAUGAGCCAAUCCCUGGGUCAUGAGCACGGCCCUUUUGCACCUGCCUCUUAUAAAGGUUGACAAGACUAUUUGAUAGAGAGGAGAACCUGCGAGAGAGAGAGAGAAAAAAUAAAAAAUAAUGAUAAUUUAAAAAUAAAAGAGACUGAUGCUGUGUGUUUCCUGUCUGUUCCAGGCUGUUCAGUCAAAAGGUACAUGAACGAGUUCAAAACAAAUGACCAAGCCAUUUAAGGAAUGCCAUUUAAGUAUAUUAAAUGUAUAUUAAAUAAAUAAAUAAGGCUCCCAGAAAAGCUUCUCAGAAUUAUUGAGGGAGGCUGCCAACCGCUUCGACGGGACAGGACGGGAUGCGGUAUCUAAUUAAGGACAUCCUGGCUUGCACAUCCAUUUGAUUAAGUCCAUACAGGAGUGCUUCAGAGCCUAAAUUGACUAAUUUGCCUUGAUUCUUGGCUAUUGCUUGAAUACUGACUCAUCCUGUAGCUGGGCUAUACACCGUUGGAGGUGUAACAGGCAAUACUGUCUAGCAGAGCAGAUAGCCUAACCACCAACCCUUCUCUAUAAGAGUUCUGAUGUUGCAGAUUACCGAAGGACAAACAAGGCCCCUUUGCAACGAUACUGGGACUGAAAGAUGCUAUCAAAACAAGAUCUUUACUCACAUCAACCAGUAAUAUGUACAGAUUAAUGGGUGGGAUGACCAAUUCCAAAUUAAAAGGGCCUUGCUGCUUAAGGAAAUUUGGACUUGAAACUGCAAAGAUGUCUGGUGAUAUUAUCUACUCCAAUGUAAAAUUCCAUAAACACCGAAAACAAGAUGAUAUGGGAAAAGCAGAAACAAAAUGUGAGGAGGAUGUCACAUACUCUGAGGUCAGAACUGGAGGGGCAGUAAAUGUUCAACGAGAAAGCAAGUGUGGUUCUGGAGACCCCUCUACCCCAGUGGGGUCAAAGGUUGUGACUCCUGAGAGAAGAUCACAGAGGGUUGUUUUGGUGACCCUGGUGUGUCUCUGUGUUGUACUGCUAGUUCUGUCCAUCACUCUGGGAGUCCUCUAUGCUUACAACCUGAUUGAUCGUCAAGCUGAGAAGGCUCGCUCUGAAGAUCUCUUUGCCCAAAUGAAGGACAAUUUAACUGCCCAGAAAGACCUGUUAUCCUCAGAAAUCCAAAACUACAUAAGGAACCUUACUAAAGUCAACAAACUCCUGGCAGAUACCACAGCGAACCUAUGUUCUUCAGGUUGGGGGUUCUACAGUGGAUCAUGUUACAACUUCUCUGAAGACAAACUGACCUGGGAACAGAGUCAAUAUGCCUGUAUCCAUGAAGGAGGACACCUGGUCAUCAUAGAGAGUGAGCAGGAACAGGACUUUAUUAGAAUGAAAGUGGGAAAAAAUAAUGACAAAAACGGCUACUGGAUUGGAAUGACAGACAUGAAGAAAGAGGGAGUGUGGGUCUGGAUGGACAAUACACCCCUUAAUAAAAGCAUCAGUUACUGGGAUCUAAACAAUGGAACAAGUAACUCUGGAAGACCAGAACCAAAUAACUGGCCUCCACGUGAAGACUGUGCCCAGAUAGGUCGGCACUGUUCUGUUCAAAUCAGUUGUUGGUUUGACCUUGGAUGUACUAUACCAUCUAAGAGAAUCUGUGAGAGUCGGGCAGCCAAACAAUAACAACAGAAGAAAACAUACAAAUAAUAUAAUUUCCCGUGUGUGGUUGUGUAAAAUCUGAGGGGAUAAUGUUUGUAUUUGCAUUAUGCAACAUGGUACUGGAGAAAGUGAAAGAAUUCUAUGUAUUUUUUUAAAGGUUUGCCUAUUUAAAA